CCCUAGCUCCGUCUCUCUCUCUCUUCUUGCUUCGGUUUGCCCCUUUCGCCAGUCCCUCCAUCCAUCAAUGCGCCACCGUAUUUUAUGGCAGUCCUCUCCUCCGCCGCAUUAGUGAUUCAUGAACUCUCUCGCCGCCGCCACCUCCACCUCCCGCGGUCUUCUUUCUCGCGAUGUUAAAACCCCUUAAGCCUCACUUCCCCUAUCCGGUUUUACUAUCCACCCGCCGUCUCCUCAGCUUCUCCGAUUUCCAAAAUCAUCCCUCUCCAAAUCUAGUCCAACUAGUCUGUGAAAUACUAUCCAAUCCGCGUAUCCCAUGGCGCGGUAGCUCCGAGCUGAAAUCCCUCACACCCAAGCUCAAACCUUUCCACGUCGCUCGAAUCAUUGAAACCCACGCCAGCACCGAUUCUGUUUUGCAGUUUUUUUAUUGGCUUUCUAAGUGGCAUUUUUACAGUCAUGAUAUGUGCUGUUAUAUGUCCAUGUUGAAUAAGCUUGUUAAAGAUCAGAAUUUUGCGCCUGCUGACCAUGUGAGGAUUCUUAUGAUUAAAGCUUGUCGAGACGAGGGGGAAAUUAGAAGGGUUGUUGAUUUCUUGAAUGGUAUUGCUAGUAAAGGCCUUUCUUAUAGUCUAUAUAGUUUUAAUUCUCUUUUGAUUCAAUUGGGGAAAUUUAAUAUGCUUGUUGCAGCUCUAAAUGUGUAUAAGGAGAUUUUGGCUAGUGGGAUCAACCCCAGUUUGUUAACUUUGAAUACCAUCAUCAAUAUUCUAUGUAAGAAGGGGAAGGUGAAGGAGGCUAAGAUUAUCUUGUCUCAGCUAUAUCAGUUUGAAAUGUUUCCUGACGUGUUCACUUAUACGUCGUUAAUUCUAGGGCACUGUAGGAACAGAAAUCUGGAUAAAGCGUUUGUUGUUUUUGAUCAGAUGGUAAAGAAAGGGAUUGAUCCCAAUGCAGUGACGUAUAGUACUCUUAUUAAUGGCUUAUGCAAUGAUGGAAGGGUUGAUGAGGCUUUGUGUAUGAUCGAGGAGAUGAUUGAGAAUCACAUCAGACCUACAGUUUACACUUACACUCUUCCUAUCACAGCAUUGCUUGAAGAUGGGCGUGUAGAUGAGGUGGUUUCUCUUGUUGCAAGCAUGAGAGAGAGGGGUACUGUACCCAAUGUGCUGACAUACACGGCCCUUAUCAGUGGAUUGGCAAAAUCUAACCAACUUGAGGUAGCAAAAGGGCUGUACCACAAGAUGGUGAGAGAUGGAUUGGUUCCUACCACAGUCACUUAUAAUGCUCUGAUACAUGAACUGUGUGUAAGAGGAAAUGUCGAUGCUGCUUUUAAAAUCUUUCAGUGGAUGGAACGUCACGGUCAUUUGGACAAAACAGAAACAUAUAAUGCUAUGAUCAAUGGUUUCUGUGUGAUAAAAAAUGUUGAACGGGGAAUGACUCUAUUUCGUGAAAUGCUGCUGGGUCCCCCUCCCAAUACGAUCACGUAUAACACGCUAAUCAAAGGAUACAUUGGAUGCGGUUAUCUAGAUAAUGCCAGUAGGUUGAUGGAGGUGAUGAAGGAAAAUGGAUGUAAACCUGACCAGUAUACAUAUGCGGAACUCAUUAAUGGGUUUUGCAAAGGAGAUCGGCUUGAUGUUGCUUCUGCAUUAUUUGAGGAAAUGAUGCAGGAAGGUCUGAGCCCAAAUUUGGUGAACUAUGCGACUCUAAUUAAUGGUCUCUGCAAGAAAGGGAAAGUUGAAGAUGCAUUAGUUUUGCUCAAGAGGAUGAAGGAGGGUGGUUGCCAUCCUAAUAUACAGACCUAUAAUGCUGUUCUUAAUGGUCUAUCUAAGCUUUAUAGGCUGUCUGAAGCAGAGAAACUAUGCAAUGACAUGGCAGAAGAUGGUCUGCUUCCCAAUGUGAUUACAUAUACAACUCUAAUUGAUGGUCUUUGCAAGGAUGGGGGGUUAGAUCUGGCAUUCAAGGUUCUCCGUGAAAUGGAGAGAAAGAAUUGCUUGCCAAACUUGUAUACCUACAGUGCAUUGAUCGAUGGUCUUUGCCGGGAAGGCCGCGUGGAUGAGGCAGAGAUCUUGCUUGAAGAGGUGAUGACAAAAAAAAUAUAUCCAGAUGUGGUCACAUAUACCUCAUUGAUCGAUGGCUUUGUAUCUGUAGGUAGACUAGAUCAUGCAUUUUCUCUGCUUCAUCGGAUGAUAAAUGCAGGUCGCACCCCAAACUACAGGACCUACAGUGUGUUGCUCAAAGGGAUACAGAGGGAGAGCCAGACAGUUGCUGAAAAAAUCACAGCGCAACAUGAAACUGUUCCUGGUCAUAUUUUCGAUGAAAGAGAAGUUACAGUUGAUACCUUUUGCAAUCUACUAGUUAGGAUGUCCGAGAUUGGCUGUGAACCUUCUAUUGAUACAUUUUCCAUCUUAAUUGAUGGUCUCUGUCAUGGUGGCAGAAGCCACGAGGCAGAUCAGCUGGUGAAAUUUAUGAAGGAGAAAGAGCAGGCUCCUAAUGAGGCUAUAUAUUGCUCUCUCCUCAAAGCUUAUUGCAAGAAUUUGAGAGUAGACACUGCUCUGGAGACACUUAAUCUGCUUAACCGUAGGGGUUCCAACCUCCCUUUAUCAGUUUAUGCAGAUCUUAUAUCAGCUCUCUGUUCAAGACAACGGACAAAAGAGGCUGAAACGGUGUUCAACGGCAUGCUUGAGAAACAAUGGAAUGGUGAUGAGAUUGUUUGGACUGUCUUGAUUGACCGCCUACUAAAGGGCGGGGAAUCACAAUUAUGCUUGAAUUUUCUUCAUGCAAUGAACUCAAAGAAUGUCCUUAUUAGCAACCAGACACAUCAAAUGCUAGCGAGGGAGAUGUCUAAUACCGACAAAUCUAUCUCAGAGAACCAACUUUCUGAUGGAUUGCAAGUCCUAGGAGACCAAAACCCAGGAUAAUAUUUCAUGGUUGAUAUAGUGAAAACAUUUUUUUUCAUGGGAAAUACAUUCUUAUUUGAUAGCCCUUAUCUUUUCUCAACAAGGGUGGGUUUUCUGCAGCAUCUCGUGGAAGGAUAUUAAGCUGCAAAUUACUAUCAAAUAAGUGGUGAGGGCUCCAAAUGUCAUAUAUGCCAUACAUUGCUCACAGGAUACUAUGGAGUUGCCCGAUUCUUGGGAUCUCACUGAUCAAUUUUUCUUUCUAAAAAAGAGAGAUAUGACUUGGUUGCUCGGUUAACCAAUAAUUUCAGGACAAUAACUUGGAUCUUGUUUUUUCAAAACUAGGGUGUUCGUGUGCGUACUGAAUCCUGAAUCUAUCUUGUGGACUUGAUGGCAAAAUUUUGGUAUUUCAGAAUUACUCAAAGCCUGUAACAUUUGGCAGCUAUUGUCAUCACUUGUUAACUGUCUAUGCAUACGACGUGGUGCUAAUGGAUGUCGAACCAGACGUUUCUCAUCCAGGCUCUUGCAUACAGCUUGGAUGUACAGUAUGUAUAGUUUUAGAGCCAUGUCUACAUAUUCAUGACUGCAAAUUGCGACCAGUUGAAUCAACUCAUAAUAGGAAAAACUUCAAUGGCUUCCCUAACUCAUUGGAUUUUCGCUAUACAAUUCUUUGGGACUCAUGUUUGGUUGACUUUUGCACCCCUUGUAUUCUCUAGAGCUCACAUUAGUUUUAGCAUGUAAAUUUGAAUGAUUCUUUUGUGAAGCAGGUGGGAAUUUUGAAAUUCACGUUGCUUCUACAUUCUUGUUAGGCACAUUUAGCCACUUGCAAAUAAUUGGCUGAUCUCUGUAUCUCUCUGAGUUUUUCUUUCAGAUCUUCUCAUCAAGGCAAAGAUAGCAUGGCAGAAAAUGUUUGCCAUGUCUUGUUUCUUUGUUCGAUUUCUGUGUUACAUUCAAUAUGUUUGUACACAAGCAGGCAGCCACAUUUUGUUUCAAUGGAUCAACUAAGCAAAGGGGGCUAAAAUUCAAGAUAAAGAAUCGAAUUGCGAAUUGUGAUAUGUUUCAAAGUUAUUAUACAAAUUAUUCUACCAACCUAUUAAAUUAAUCAAAAUCAUCAUUGAUGACUCAGGAUAACAACAAGAAUGGAACCAUCAAUGAUGGCGUGAUUAGAAUGCUCAAAACAAGCCGACACACAACCUCAUAUUCCAAUAAACAUAUCCCUCCAACUACUAUGUACAUUCCCAUUUGGCCUCUUCCCCUCAACAUUUAGCCAUACCUUCAACUCCUUUUCCCUCCACCAACUUCUCUCCCUCUCUCUAGAUUAUUUCACUACUCUCUCGAGCAUUUCCUUCUUGGACUUUACUGCGCAGUCGCCCAAUUCCCCCCUUCAUUUCGUCACACUGGAAUCAAUCAAGAGGCUGAUUGAUAACCUCCAAAACCAGUAGCAAAAACAAUAAAACCCCUCUCUUAUUAUAUAUACACUAUCAUACACAAACACACACCAUGCAAGAGAGAGAGAAACAGGGAGAAUGGGGAGGCAACACAAGGAUCCAGCAAUAGUUGGUUCAUCAAUAGUGCUACUUCAAGAAAGGUUUAAGCAGCUGCAGAGAUUGAAGGAGAUGAGAGAAGAGACACAGAAUCUCAAACUAAUGCCUCAAGAAACCAAUCUUCGCCGUGACCUUUCAGUCACGAGAUUUUCAACGUUGUCUUCAAACAACGCUGCUUGUCAAGACCCUCUAGCACUUGGGCUCAACUCUUCCUCCCAUAGUCAUCACACGCCACAUUUCCGACACCAACAAACUGUUAGAGGGCCUCACAGUUUCUUUGAAAUUUCUGAUGUUGAUACCUCUCUUCGUCUCUAGAAAUCCAUGAUAUGUAUACGCAUAUUUAUGCUUAAUGUGAGAUCACAUUCUUUUCCUGUUUCCUUUUACGCUUGUCUAUCUUCUUGAGCCUUUCUUUUCUCUAUGUAAGAAAAAGUUGAUACAAUAAAGAGAAGCUAGUUUCUGAGGUACAUAGGAGGCAAGAAACACAGCUAAAACAUACACCUUAUCAAGCUAAGAUCAAGCAUCGGGCAAAAAAACAUGUUGAGAGGGGUUGUCCAAAAUCCGUAAACUUAGAUCGGUAUGUGCUAGAAUCGGUUAAGUCAGUCCCUUUUGCUAGAAACAAGAGUUCAUUUUCUUUUCGUGGUUGUAAAGACAAUGUAAUAAAAGAAAUUAUGAGAAAUGAAGGUAAAAAAAGUUGUGUUUGAUGCUGUUGAUAUGACAGUAGAGAGAUGACAAAAUAGUAGGAGUAGGAGAGUAGGUGGUGGUUUUGAAAAAAUGAAAAAUGGCGACGCUUUAUUAACAUAUAAAUGGAGUACAUUGUUUUUAUA